AUGGAGCAUAAUAAAAGAUCAAAUAGAUUAGUUAAGGCUAAAGAAUAUUUGCAGACAAUACAAGAUCGAUUUUGCAAAUUUCAACAAGAUUUAGUUUCUAAAGAAGAUUAUAUUAAAUAUCUUAAAAAAGAAAUCUUAAUUCAGGAUAAGGAGCUAAAUCCAUUAAGAUCAGAAAUUUCUAAUUUUAUAAAACAAUUAGAAAAAGUAUUUAAAGAGGCAAAAAACCAAGAAAAUUAUAUAGCUUAUUUAGAAAAGCAGUUAGUAUUUUUUCAAAAUGAAAUAGACAAGCUUAAUAAAAAAAUACUUAUUUUGUAUAAAAAUUCUAAUGUUACUAUAGAGAUGGCACAACAACCAGGAUCAUCUAGAUUAUCUCUACCUGAAAAUCAAGCUAUGAUCCAAAAUAAUAGAAUUCAUAUUGUAGAUUAUCUUAAUAUAAUUUCGGAUGCUAGCAAUAGGUUUGAAAGAUUGGUACUAGAUAUAUAUCCAUGGGUAAAUACUCAUGCAAUUAAUGCAGAAAAUCAAAAGAGAAAAUGCAAGACUUUAAAAAAUGACCUAUUACUUGCUAAUGUUCAGCUUGAUCUCAAGUGGGCAAACAUGGCAACAAUACAAGAAGUAAUGGCUGUAGUAACUUCCUUAAUUGCACCAAUUCCGCAAUAUAUUGGCCAAGAAUCUCCAGAAGACUAUGUUAAUAAAAUCAAACAGUUAUAUAAUUAUGGUAGUACAGUAGGUGUUGUGGCGAACUUUAAUAAUGCUCUUAAUACAGAAUAUCAAAGAAACAAUAUCGGUACUCAACAAAUCGCAACUCAAAAAUUAAUCCAAGAAAAAUUUACACCAUAUGAUACUCCAGAAACUUACGAAACAAGAAUUAAACCAUUUUUAUUAGGAGUACCAAUUAAUGAUAACUAUGUAUUAGGACAAAACUUUCAAACCUCUUCUCAACCAGUAAUUCAACCCCAGUUACAAAAAAACAUACCUCCACCUUUACCCUCUGCAAGACAGAUGGGAAUUGGAAUAACUCCUACUCCAUUAAGCAAAUUAUCACCUGGAGAAAAAAUAAUUCAUCCAAAGUCUGAAAAAGCCAAAGCCUUACAAGAAAUAAUGGAUUAUGCCAGAUUGGGUCUUAAUAUAGAAGAUGAAAGAUCUUAUGAUCUAAUGGAAAUUGAUCUUGCUAUUGUUAAUAUUGCAAGAAGAAUUAGAGGAAAUAUUACUAUUCCUACUACGAAUAUAGAAGAGGAAGUUUAUAAAGAGAUAGUUUAUGAGGAUGAGGAUAAUGAAAAUGUCAAGUAUGUAGAAGUUAAAGAUAGACCUGAAGAGAUGCUUUGCAAUAAUUCCACUGUAGCUAUGAAUCUUCUUAGAAAUAUUCUUAAUGAAUUUAAAACUCUUUUAUCUUCUUAUAAUUUAUCACCAGAAUUAGCAAGCUCUAUGGCUUUAGAUGAACCUAUGGAUAUUAAUUUGGUAUAUCAUCCUGCUAAUGAUCUUACAACUGCUGAAUGUAAAAUUAAUAAUAUUUUAAUUCCCAAAGCAGUAUUGGAUGAAGCAAGGCAUCUUGGAUUAAAAAUUGAUACAACCAAUCCUCCAUCUCUUGAGGGAGUUGCCACUGAUGCCAGCUCAUAUGGAUGGUGUUAUAAUGUACUGAUUACAUUUACAAAUAGAGCAUUAACAAAAGAUACAGAUUAUACAAUGAUACAUGAUGUAAUAGUUAGUGAUUAUGAUAAAUAUGCUUUAAUUAUUGGUACUGACUGGCUUGAUCUUGCUGGAGGUAAAGUAGACUAUGAAAAGCAUAAAUUUAGAGUUGGCAAUACAUUUGUUUCUAUUUUAGUUCACAAAUCAAAUAUUAAAGAAGAAUGUAUAAAUUACUUUUUCCAAGAUAUAUGUGCUUAUACACCAACUCCGUUGUUAGAAUAUGAUUUACCAUCUUUUUCUUCUAAUACAUGA